GCCCUUGAUUUCAGCCGUAGGCCUACAGUGGUGAUCUUGUCUGAGAGAAUUCAUAAAGACGUCUACUUACAACAUCGAAUAAAUCCUUUAUUAAGUGAACGAUUAGAGACAAACGAAUGACAGAGCUUAACACAUACACACUUUUUUAAUUCAUAAUGGCUAUAUUUACUGAUUGGAAUUUGUAAAUCGUCUAGAACCCUAGGAAGGGAAAACUACAACGAAACGAUGUCAGUUCCAGACAACGCUUCAAAUACCUUUGGUAACCAAAGACCAUUCAUACCACCAAAUCAAAGAGGGCCACCAGGGCAGGGAAUGCCACCACGGCCACUGGGCUUUCAACAACGGCAAAUGCAAUAUCAUCCGCAAACUGGUCAUAUGGCCCAUUCGCAGAAUUUUGGACAAGUUCAAUAUAACAUGGGGAUGAUGGCAGCACCUGGCAAUUUAUAUGUUGUACCAACUGGUCCAUUUGGAAUGCAAAACCAAUCAUUAUUCAAGGUAGAAGCUAUGCCUCGUCAGCCACAGUACAGGUAUUGUGCACCUCCACAAUCAAUGGCACCGACAGCACAGGUAGUGAAUUAUUCGACAUCAGUAUCACAACCAAUGCCACAACAAGUAGCUAUGCCGCUUGGUAUACAGCCCUCCAUCCAAGGGCAGAUGCAGAGUCAGCAACAGAUGCCAUCCUCAGCUGCUCCUGUUUCACAGCCAGCGCAACCUCAACGGUCAGAGAGAUCUAAAAUAAGAAUAAGGGAUCCUAACCAAGGGGGUAAAGAUAUAACUGAAGAAAUUCUGAAAAAGAAGAAAGAGCCAGCUGUUCAAGCUGAUGCUCCAGCAGCUCAAGCUCCAGCAGUUGCUGCUCCACAAAUACCUGUUUCUGUACCUGUUAGUGGUGAUGAAAAAAUCAAAGCAGAAUUUGCUGCAAAAGUUGCUGCAGCAAAAGCAGGUAAUUUUGAACAAACCAGGGCAACAGACAAGCCAAAGCCAGAUCAAUUACCAAGCAUAAAACCUGGUGCUGAGAUCAACCAAAAGACUGAAAGUUCAAGUUCUUUACUGGAACAGCCAAAUGUAAAAACGGAACCUCAGGGGUCUGCUGCAGAAUCAGGACAGUUAGAUGAACAUCCAAAGCCAAUUUCUAAAGUCAAUGAUGAAGGCUCAAGAAGUAAGGAGUCAUCAGUUGUCGUUUGUGAUUCAAUAUCUAAUAUUGAUACAGAGUCUGCCAAAAAGGAGGAAAAUGAAGUUGUUGUAAAUGGAAAUGAUGUCGAUGAACCCAAAGAAAAAAUAAGUGCUGAACAUGUCAUAGAAAGUUCAAAUGAUUCAACAAAUGAUUUGAUUAAUGAUCCAUCUGAUACUGCUUUAAGUGUAGAUGAGGUUAAGCCUUGCGAAGAGCAAGUUGAGAUGAUUGAAAACAAAGAAAAUAGUAUGUUGCCAAGUGAUAACACUUCAAGGACCUCGGAGAGUUAUUUGUCUGAAGCUUCUGUUGACGAAACUAAAAAUACAAGUGUUGACAAAGAGGAUGCGGAAAUAGCAGUAGAGCCUGUUCCAAGUGAAGAUGCAAAUGUUGUUUUGAACCUGCCAACAGAUUCUGAAGAGAAAACAGAAGUUGAUGGUCCAUUGACAAAUGGAGUUGAUAAGCCUGCCUCUUCAAUAAGUGCUCCACUUGUCCAAGCACCUAAAAAGAAGAAAAAGAAGGAAUAUAGAGACAAAGACACAGAUCUCAUGAGUGCAUUCAUUGAUAAACCAGAAGAGGAGGUUGUUGAAACUUCUCCAGAAGAAAUUGAAGAAGGCGAGAUUAAGGAAGAGCCUGUCAUUGAAGAGGAAACCUGGGAAGACAAAGACAUAAAAACAGACGAUGAUGUCUCAAAAGCAGAAAAAGGGCGGUGCUACGACCGAGACUUUCUACUUCGUUUCCGAUUUAGUACAGAAAAGCCUAAAGAUUUGCCAAAUAUGGAUAUUAUUCUGCGUGAAGCUAACGAGCCUACAAAGCUGGAGAAAGAAAGGCUACCAUCAUCUGGUGGCGAUUUUUUCAUGCCUAAAUUUAUGCGGCAAGGAAGCGGUGGCAGGCAGGCCGGGAUGAGCAGAAGUGGAAAAGGCGGCCGGCUCGCUCCUCCAAAGAAGAUUAUCCCCACAAACUUUGAUACCAAAGUUGAAUUGAAGAAAUCAGAAAAUGCUUGGGUGCGUUCGUCUGAGAAAACCAAGGAACCUGCUGGAGGAGAGUCAGAAAUAGAGGCACUGACUCGUUUAGCUAGAGGCAUUCUGAAUAAACUGACCCCACAGAAGUUUGAUAAACUUGUGGAGCAGAUGAAAUCAUUGCCAAUAGACUCUGUCGAAAAGCUAAAGUGUGUAAUUGAUCUGAUUUUUGAGAAGGCAUUAUCAGAGCCAAAUUUCAGUAAAGCGUAUGCUCAACUUUGUGACGAAGUUUCGAAAAAGAAAAUAUCAAUAGAAAGUGGCAAAGGAUCAAACGUCAGUUUCAAAAGAAUUCUUCUGAACAAGUGUCAGUUUGAAUUUGAAAAAGAAAAAUCCGAUGAACAGCAGCUCGAGAAAGAGCAAGAUAAACAUUAUGAGAAUGCCGAUGAAGAAAAAGCCUGGCAAGAAGAGCUGGCCUUAAAAAGGCAAAAAACUAAGAGACGUUCUCUUGGUAACAUCAGAUUUAUUGGGGAGCUGUUCAAUCUUAAGAUGUUGACAGAAGCAAUUAUGCAUACAUGUAUCACCAAACUGCUGAAAGACCGCGACGAAGAGUCGUUGGAAUGUCUGUGCAAGUUGGUAACGACCAUUGGAAAGGAUAUAGAUCAUGAAAAGGCCAAGCCACGGACCAAUCAAUAUUUCGAUCAAGUAGAGAAGAUUAUCAACCAGAAAAAAGUUUCGUCACGAAUCAUAUUCAUGCUUCAAGAUUUGAAGGACCUGCGGCGGUCUAAUUGGGUUGCUAGACGAAUAUUGGAUGCCCCCAAGACCAUCGAUGAAAUUCACGAGGAGGCCAAGUUGGAAGAGAUUCAAAUGCAAAUGGCUCAUCAGCAAGCUGCUCAGAAAAGAUUAAUGAAUAAAGGAGGCAGAGAGAGUCCGGCACCAAAUCGUAGCAUGCAGAGUGACGAAGGCUGGAAUCAAGUGCAAUCAAAAGGAGGUCGCAACAUGGUGACAGUAGACCCAAAUAGAUUGAAAAUUACAAAGCGAACAAAUUCAGAAAAUAUCUCACUUGGCCCCGGCCGAACUACUGUUGCUUGGGCCCAAGGCUCCAGCGGAGGAGGCAGUUCUCGCUUCGCGUUGCCGGCUGAGAGUGAGUCAAGGCAAGGCAACCGUUUCUCAGCGCUGUCAGGUGGCGAUUCUGGUGGAAGUCGACUUGACAGCAAGGGUCGAGCAGGACAGAGGAGUGGACAGCAGUCUAAAUUUGGACGAUCCAGUGGCCCAUCAAGUACAAAACGAGGACCACAGCAGCAACACAUGUCAGAUGAAAAAGCAGCCGCUCUAGCGACGACCCGAAGAAUGUUGUCUGUUGAAGGAAACAGGACGCCUUCGCCUUCUAAUUCAAAACCAGAAGACUUGGAGAAGGGCUCGCAAGGAACAAGAACGCCUGAAACCGUGGCAGUGGAAAGUCAGGAGCAGGAGCCUGCAGAUGUCUCCCCCGUCAACGAAGUCUCGGAGCAAAAAAUAAAGAAUGAGACAAAAUUGACAAUUGACGAAUUUAUUGCGACACAUGAUUUGAAGGAAGCAGAGAUUUGUAUUCGCGAUCUCAACUGUGCCUCAAAGCAUAAUGUUGUCAUUUCUGAAGCUAUUAACAUUGCCAUUGAGAAAAAGCUUGACCAGUGCAAGGAAAUUGGAAAUUUGCUUCUUCGCUUCGUGAUGUCGGGCCUUGUAUCACUGGAAUCGUUUAAGGAAGGGUUAAGUGAAGUUCUGGAAUUCGCUGAAGACAUUGCCGUGGAUAUACCACAUCUUUGGACUAAUUUAGGUGUAAUUCUUGGGCCAUGUGUGGAGAGCGAGCAACUGCCGCUAUCGGUGUUAAAGACAUUGGUUGAACCACUUAUAGAAUGCAACAAGGCUGGAUUGCUAAUGGCCGAAACUCUGGCUGCUGCUGCUAAAAUUUCUAGUGAAAGUGAUAUUGCUCUACUGUGGCAAAAGUCUGGACUCAGCUGGGGAAGCCUUUUACGAGAAGGAACUACCCUUGAUGACUUCCUCGUCAAACACAAAAUGGAAUUCACGACUCAGCAGCCGAAUCAACAAAGCCAAAGGGAUUUUAGGAGCAUUCUUGAAAAGCCGUCAUGUACUUGUGAAAUGGCGAUGGACUGGAUAGAAAAAAAUGUUCCCAAAGAACAGUUUGAAGAUUUUACGUUUAUCAGAGAGUUAUCGACUGCUGUUUACAAAAAGGGCGUGACAAAAGAGUCUGAAUUCAACGCUGCUCCAAUAAAAUUGUUUAAGAAUCUUCUUCUGAAGUACAUCGACAAUGACAGGAAAAAGGAGCUGCAAGCCCUUUAUGCUGCCCAGUUGCUUGCCGAAGAACUAAAACAUCCCAAAGAUUUCCUUAGAGCGUUAUUUGAAGCGCUUUAUGAUGAAGAAAUUAUCAGCGAGGAUUCUGUGACUGCCUGGGAAAAGAGUGACGAAGAGCCUGUUGGAAAGGGUAAUGCAUUAAAUUCAGUCCAAGGUUUUUUGACGUGGCUGAAGAACAGCGAGGAGGAAACUUAUGAUGACAGCAAAUAAUAAUUUUUACAGAAUAUUAGUAACCGAUGGCAAAGUAGAUAUCCCUCGAUGUCAUUAAGAAUGUUGAAGAUGCUGUUCCGUGAUGGUGACAGAAUACCCAAUUGUCACCGCUCCAUUGAUUUAAAUAGAGAUGAAACUAAUUCGACAACACUUUGCCCGUCGGACAAACUUGAUUUGAUCAGAUGGCAUGUUUGAAAUAUUUCCUAAUAGGUGUAUAAGCGAAUGGUAACUCCUUCGUUUUUGUUAGUUCUCGUUUGCUCAUCAGCCAGCUCGCCCUUCGGUGAAAGUCGCUUAGGCCAAACUCUUGGAGUGAUCCUUGGAGGUGAAACACAAUCCUGCGAAUUGCUAGAAACCGGGUGUGCCUUCCAGAGAGAGAGACAUUUAUGUCUUCUCGCUCGUUACAAUGUUCUCACCUUUUGCAGCCAACAGAUAUUUAAAUGUUGUUCUUUUGAUAAAGUACUUAAUGUUGUAGAUUGUGUCUCUUGUGACGUCAUUGUUAUAUGUUCCCGGCCAUGCAUUUAUGUUUUUGUCUAGAUGUAGUGGGUAUACUGUCGUGGUGUGAUGUGUGUGUUGUAAGUGCACUUCUUCUUUGGUACAUUAAUUACAUUCUGGUUUGCAAAAAGCUUGUGAGCAGGAAUUGAUUGCAACCAUUUUGUCCAUAUAGUCAAAAAAAACACAACUCAACAUGUAUGCCAGACAAUCCAAGUGUGGUUUCGCACAAAUGUAAUACCUCACAAUUUGUCGCCAGGUCUCCCAACGUCACAUUUUUGAUACAACUGUCCAAAACAAUGCAAGGUCUAUGUAACUGAGUCUUUUGGUAAUGAAAAGCCAGAAAGAAAAAUUUGGUUUUGACAAGAAUUAUAACUCCUUGAAUGGGACAUUGAAUAACGGCCUUAUGUUCCGUACAUUUCUAAAUACGCUUGGAUAGAAAGAUGAAUGCAUCAUUUAUGUGUUUUAUCGUUGUUCAGUUGUGUUCGUCGUCCGUCAUUUUGUUGUGCGCAUUUUAAGUGAUCCUUUGUUUUAUCUGUGCUUGUUUUCACCAUUUUUCAUUGGCUACUUGAAUUCUUCCAUUCUCAAAAGCGCUGCUGAACGACUAAAUCCAUUCAUCUCAAAUUCUGAGUAGUUUUACAAUAUGCUUUCGCUAACUGGAGUCAAUUUAAAAGAGCAUAGCCUAUGAAACCCUUGAUUCAGAACUUAAGUCCCUGAGAUUGCAUGUUAUCAAGACAAUUUUUUAAAUACAUUGAUGUCCCUAAACUAAUUUGAAAAAAUGGGAAAUUUUUAAUGCAGCCUUAUGUGAAUGUUAUUUGACCGCCCUAUAUUUUGGCUGUCAUUUCUAUCAUAUUGUAAACUCACCUCUGCUGGUGAGGUAAUUUCCAAAACGCCUUGCAUUCUCUCUCUUAUACAACUGGAUACAAAUCCAUAGUGAGCUGGUUGAGCAGAUUUCGAUUGUUUGUAAGCAAUUGUAAACAAUAUUUGUAUUUGUCGUUCAAAUGAUAAAGCCGAUCCAAGGUUUUAAUACGUCUAUGCUUUACUGCUGUCAACAAAUUUGCCAAGUUAAAACAUGUAGAAUUUUGAA